UUUUCUAUGGGAUCAUGCGUCCGGUUUUCCGGUGAGGCGGCGUGCAGCAUACUUGAGUCGAAACUCUAUUCUUCUGUCUUCUACAACUACAAAUUGGAAAUUGAAGUUGACUGUUUAUAGUGUUUUUGGUUUCAUAWUUUUUUCUGCCUGUUUAAGAACUGACUAUWGACUGUUCUUUUUUUUUGUACUUACAUAGUAGCCUGUUUUCCGUACCUUGCUCUCCGUUUAAACACUAUGUACAUCGAAAGGGGGAAACCCGAAGAAAUCCCCAAGGGGGCCAUUCGUCUUACGAGAGACGAGGUCCAAGAGUACAUGAUCAACCUAAUACACAAAUGGCCAAAUACGAUGGAAUUAUGGGCGUUAAAACACGGUAAUCCAAUUCUUUCGUCAGCCGUUGUGAUAUCGAGUUCAGUAAUUUUAAGUUUUUACCGCAAAAAACUACAACUAAGAAAUUAUGGACGAUUUACUUUGUUCAUACCAAUUGUUCUUGUCCCAUCAAUUUUUGAUCAAAUCUAUCAAAGCUCAAUGACUACUAAAUCAAUAAUUUUACAAGAAGAUUGUCCUAUUUGCAUUAGUACACAAUCAACAUUCAUACAAUUAGGCACAGGAAUUGUUUAUCCUUGGUUGAGCACARUUGGUGGAACUUACUUGUUUGCYAGUAAAAUGAAUACAUAUUCUUUAAAAUCUAAAGGACCUGAGAUGGUUAAAGAAUUUGCUUUACAUUUAAUGAAAAUAAGUCGUCCACUAUACAACAGACUUACUGCAUUUGUCAUUGGCCAUGUAUUAUUAAGUUAUUUGAUAAGUCAUUAUCAAAUGGAUAAUUUUGAAUUUUUAAGAAAUAAAAUGUUACAACAACAAAAUGAAGAAAUUGAAGCAUUACGUUUAAGUAAACAAACUAGUUAUAAGUAAUAAUCCACUAUGUCACUGAUUUAGUAAUGUAAUUGUAACUAUCUUAGAAUCUAAAAAAUUGUAGAUUAUUUUAGCUUAUAAAACAGUGUUUUAAGCUUUUAAUAUUAUAACAAUAUUUMAUAUU